UAUAAAAACAACUCUUGUCCAUGCAGAAAUACAAUCAAUCACUUCUUUUUCAUCUUCUUCAAACACGAAACAUUUUCUCCAAGUUCUUCUUUCUUUAAUAAUUUGGACACAAAAGGCCUUAGCAGCCAGUGAGAAUUAUCCGGUGAUCUAAACAAUGGCGACUCCGGCAUGGAGUCAUGCCAGUGGUCAAUGGGUAGUAGCCAUGUUGGCGUUACUCGUUGGCUCGGCAAUAGCUACCGAACCUUACUAUUAUAACUCUCCGCCACCACCAUAUGAAUAUAAAUCUCCUCCCCCUCCGGUUAAGUCUCCUCCACCUCCUUAUGAAUAUAAAUCUCCUCCCCCUCCGGUUAAGUCUCCUCCACCACCGUAUUACUACCAUUCACCGCCACCGCCGGUGAUCCCUCCUCCUCCUUAUGUAUACCAGUCUCCUCCUCCUCCGGUGAAGUCUCCACCACCACCUUAUUACUACCACUCUCCACCACCACCCGUGAAGUCUCCUCCCCCUCCUUAUGUAUAUAGCUCUCCUCCUCCUCCGGUUAAGUCUCCACCACCACCAUAUUACUAUCACUCUCCUCCUCCUCCGGUGAAGUCUCCACCACCACCGUAUUAUUACCACUCUCCUCCACCACCAGUGAAAUAUCCUCCUCCUCCUUACUAUUAUCAUUCUCCACCACCUCCGGUGAAAUCUCCACCACCACCAUAUUACUAUCACUCACCACCUCCUCCACUGAAGUCUCCCCCACCCCCUUAUUACUACCAUUCCCCACCACCUCCGGUAAAAUCUCCACCACCACCUUACUACUAUCAUUCUCCACCUCCUCCAGUGAAGUCUCCUCCACCACCAUACUACUACCACUCUCCUCCUCCUCCAGUUAAGUCUCCUCCACCACCAUACUACUACCACUCUCCUCCUCCUCCGGUAAAGUCUCCACCACCACCGUAUUACUACCACUCUCCUCCUCCUCCGGUAAAGUCUCCACCACCACCGUAUUACUACCACUCUCCUCCUCCUCCCGUCAAAUCUCCACCUCCUUACUACUACCACUCUCCUCCUCCUCCAGUCAAAUCUCCACCACCACCUUAUUACUACCACUCUUCUCCUCCUCCGGUCAAAUCUCCUCCACCCCCAUACUACUACCACUCACCGCCUCCUCCAGUGAAAUCACCACCCCCACCUUACUAUUACUCAUCCCCACCACCACCAAAGUCUUACCCUCCACCAUACUACUACUCAUCUCCACCACCACCACCAAAGUCGUACUCCCCACCGUACUACUACUCAUCGCCACCACCUCCGGUGUCAUACCCUCAUCCUCAGCCACAUCCACAUCCACUUGUCUUCAAAGUUAUUGGUAAAGUGUAUUGUUACAGAUGUUAUGACUGGACUUACCCCAAAAAGUCCCACGAUAAGAAGCAUCUCAAAGGUGCUGUUGUGGAAGUGACUUGUAAGGCCGGUGACAAGACAGUGAAGGCGUACGGAAAGACCAAGAUCAACGGUAAAUACGCAAUCACCGUUAAGGGAUACAACUACCGUAAAUACGGUGGCGAAGUCUGCACGGCCAAGCUCCACGCUCCACCUAAGGGCUCGCCAUGUAACAUUCCUACAAGUUACCAUUUGGGAAACAAAGGUGCUAAACUCCAUGUGAAAUCAAAGACAAAGUACGAGGUUGUGCUUUAUGCUAAGUCCUUUGCUUAUGCAUCUAAGAAACCUUACGGAGAAUGCCACAAGCCGGCUCCUUACCAUCCUCCUUACUACUACAAGUCUCCACCACCACCUUCUCCAGUUUACUACUACAAGUCUCCACCACCACCAACUCCGACUUAUGUCUAUAAAUCACCACCUCCUCCAACUCCGACUUAUGUCUACAAAUCACCACCUCCACCAACCCCUACAUACAUCUACAAAUCUCCUCCACCACCAACUCCGACUUACGUCUACAAGUCACCACCUCCACCAACCCCUACUUAUGUCUACAAGUCGCCGCCUCCACCAACUCCGACUUAUGUAUACAAAUCACCACCACCACCAACCCCUACAUAUGUCCACAAGUCACCCCCACCACCAACUCCAACCUAUGUUUACAAAUCACCUCCUCCUCCAACACACACUCCUACACCAUACUACUACCAUUCUCCACCACCACCAGUUAAAUCUCCUCCACCUCCAUAUUAUUACCAUUCGCCACCACCACCACCAUAUUAUUACCAUUCACCACCUCCUCCAGUGAAAUUUCCUCCUCCUCCUUACUACUACCACUCCCCACCUCCUCCGGUGAAAUCUCCUCCUCCACCUUACUACUACCACUCUCCACCUCCUCCGGUGAAGUCUCCUCCUCCACCUUACUAUUACCACUCACCAUCUCCUCCGGUGAAGUCUCCUCCUCCACCUUACUACUACCACUCACCACCCCCUCCCGUAAAGUCACCACCACCACCAUAUUACUAUCACUCCCCACCUCCUCCAGUGAAAUCACCACCACCACCAUAUUAUUACCAUUCACCACCUCCUCCGGUCAAAGCUCCUCCUCCACCGUACUAUUACCAUUCACCUCCUCCACCGGUGAAAUCUCCACCACCACCAUACUACUACCAUUCACCACCCCCACCGCUCAAAUCUCCUCCACCACCUUACUAUUACCACUCACCACCCCCACCGGUCAAAUCUCCUCCACCACCUUAUUACUACCACUCACCACCUCCACCGGUGAAAUCGCCACCACCGCCUUACUACUACCACUCGCCACCCCCACCGGUCAAAUCUCCUCCACCACCCUAUUACUACCACUCACCACCUCCACCGGUGAAAUCGCCACCAUCGCCAUACUAUUACCAUUCACCACCCCCACCGGUCAAAUCUCCUCCGCCACCCUAUUACUACCACUCACCACCUCCACCGGUGAAAUCGCCACCACCGCCAUACUAUUACCAGUCACCACCCCCACCGGUCAAAUCUCCUCCGCCACCCUAUUACUACCACUCACCACCUCCACCUGUGAAAUCUCCUCCACCACCAUACUACUACCAUUCACCACCUCCACCGGUCAAAUCUCCUCCACCACCAUAUUACUACCACUCACCACCCCCACCCGUGAAAUCUCCUCCUCCACCAUACUACUAUCACUCACCACCUCCACCAGUAAAGUCUCCACCACCACCAUACUAUUACCAUUCACCACCUCCUCCAGUCAAAUCUCCUCCUCCACCAUACUACUACCAUUCACCACCUCCUCCGAUGAAAUCUCCACCACCACCAUACCAUUACAACUCUCCACCACCACCAGUAAAAUCUCCCCCACCUCCAGUAUACAUCUACGCUUCUCCUCCACCUCCUACCCAUUACUAGACUCAUCAAAUUCAACCAAAUUUCCACAUUAUUCAAGUUUUCUUUUUAAAAAUGAAAUAAAGGAAGGGUCUAAGUCAAAGGGAGGAAGUGAACCAAAUAAGGAUCGUCGCGUGGAAACGAGAAACAAUAGAUAUAUAACAGAGGUCCACAUCACUUCAUCUUUGUCAAUGUCGCUCAUCUUCCACUGGUGCAUCAUCAUUUUCGCGUCUUCAUCAAGUCAAAUUGUUUCUAAGACCUUUUAGAUCGUAUCAUAUUCUUCUUUGCUCCCUCUUGUUGUUAAGUGAAAGAAAUGGGUUACGUUAUUUAUUGGUUGUGCAUAUAGUUUCUAUGUGUUUCUUUUCUUUAAUGUAAUGAGAGAGUUAGCAAAUAAAAAACGUUCAGUUUCUUA